AUGCUCAAGACCCAAUCUUUGAUGCGGGUACGACCAGCCAUCGCUAACGAGCUUCUGCAGCCGCAUAUGCUCCAGCUGGGCACUGAUGACCGCACGAUCACUGUGGCAGGGCCCCGGGAGUUUACUCUCACAUGUGACCGUGUACUGAGCGCAGGCUUUACUCAGCAAUUGGUUUUCAACUCUAUUGUUCAGUCUAUGAUAGAUGAUUCUCUUCUAGAGGACCGUGUGCCGGUGCUUUUUGUUUGUGGACCUCUUCACAGCGGAAAAAGCUACACGGUCGAAGGGAGUCAGAGUGACAGCGCGCUCGCAGGGAUCCUGUACAACAGUAUCUCAUAUCUGUUUGCAAAUGAUGCCUCCGAAGUCUAUGUCUCUUCUCUCGGCUUUGGCCCCAUGGAGCGUAUAAAGAACCUCCUGACACCAAGUGAGCAACCUCAGGACGUUACGCCUCUUUUCAACCAACGGGCGUAUCCCUCGGUAACGUACCCGUGCUGUGCCUAUCCUCUAGCCCAGGCCGCAGACGUUGUUGACCUUGUCCGUCUUUCGCGAAGACAUGCCAUGCGCACAGAGCAAACGGAUUGGAUGCACAAAAUGUGGGUUCUAGAUUAUCAAAUUCAGGGCCAAUAUGGCCGACUUGUGACCGUUGAGCUAGCUAUAUUUCCAUCUCCUCGUGGCAGUGACCUUCUAUUGCAAUCUCUCUUGGUUAGGGUACUUACUGAUAUCAGACAUAAUCGCUUAGAAAGCCUUCCCAUUCGGGAGCACAGACUCUUGAGCUGCCUGCGUGACUCUUUUCAUCCACAGUUUGGAAGCAUUACCUUCCUCCUAUGCGUGUCGCAGGUUGUUCGGCAAGAAGAUCUGGAGUCGAACGCCGCCCUGCUCUACGCUCUCUUUCCGUACCCAAAAGAUUCCGUGCCGACCAAUAAAUCGUUGGGAGAGAUGCUAAACUCCAAAGUUAAUGCCCAGCGUGCAUCCCCGCAGAUCUCCCAGAUGGUUUCCUCUAGUUUGGAGAUGGUCAAUGCGCACGAUAGCGAUGCUCUCCCAGCUCCCGGAACAACUGAGUAUUAUUCCUCUGUUGGCCAACGUUACAAGGACUCUUGCAAAAAUGUAUCUCUGAACUACGUCAAGGAGCAGCUUAAAGCAUCAAAUCGUAUUCUUCAAUCCAUUAUUGACGAAGGGAAGAGUCCUCAUGGGGCGUUACAGCCCAAUAACGAGCAGCAUUACUCCACGAGAAACAACCCCACUCAUACGCUGCGUGACUCCUUGUCUGUCCCAGCAGUGACUCACACAUCUAUUACUGCAACUCCUCAAAUUUUAAGACAUGAUCGAGUACUUGCACCCGCCCCUUCCAGCGUUAAUCCAAAUUAUCAGGCCCCAGUAGAAAGCACUUCUCAGCAUCUAGAUCUACGUUCCUCUCUAGGCUCAGAGACUCCUGCUGCAGUCAUCUCUUCUAGUGAAGUCAUCCGGGAGAGAGCCCGCGGGGCUACGCUUACUGGUAGUCUGGAAAAUAGACCACUUGACCCCAAGCUUGCCUGUGCGCCAGCCUUGCCAGAUCAUGAUACCUCUAUGUUUGAUGACUCCCUAGUUCCGCAGACAGUGGCCCAUCACAUUCGCUCGUCGUCCGCACAAGUUCUUAGACGUACACCUAUGAUAGAUCAGCAAGCAAGCAGACCAGUGACUCCGAUCCGCCAGCACCUUCCAGCAACCCCCAGCUCGGCAAUACACUUGGGAAAGGUUGUCACAGGGUCCGGUGUAGCGGCGCAGUCAAUAAACUUCGACCGUGAUCAGCAGCUCGAGAGACUCCGUCGUCGCGAAGAAGAUUCUACAAGCCGCAUUCAUGCUCUUGAGCUGGACAUAAGCAAGAAAAGCUCUCAACUGAAGCAGAUGGAGGUUUUACUAAAAGAUGCUCUGCAACAAAACGAGUCCCACAUCGCCAAGAUGGAAUCAAUGGGCAGGCUUAUAGAGGAGCUUCGCAGCAGGCCACAGGUUACUGUCAAACAUCUUUCACCGCAAGAGCGUGAAGAAUAUGAGGCUCGGAUUGCCACUUUAAGCAAUUCCGUGAUUCAGCGAGACAACGAAAUUCAUUCCCUCCAUCAACAAGCAGACCAGCUUCGCGGUUUACUGAACCAAACAACUAAGUUUCAGGCUUAUGCAGAUUCCUUGGGUACAACAUCAGAGCCCUCCCAGCAGCUUCUUGAUGGACGCAUUGACGCAAUGCUCGUUGACCUAGCUACUAAGGAUAGACAGAUAGGAGACCUCGCGCGAGAAAACGAUGAGUUGCAACAGCUUCUGCACAAAAUGAGGGGAGACCUUGCUGACCACGAGCGCCUUUUAGGGGACCUAGGAUACUAUAAGGGUCUUGUUACAGAGGCAAGCAACGCCAGAGGCACACUGAGCGCCGAACUAGAGCAACUCAAGGCGGAGAAUGAAGUUUUUAGACUCGAAAACCAGCGUCUCCACGACGAAAUCAAAAGAUUGCGAGAGGAUUGGGAGCAGGCCCGUGCCCAAGCAUCACGUGCAGAAGAAGCAACUGGAGAAAUUGCGCACAUUUCACAACGGUACAUAGAGCUGGAGAAAAAGUAUGAAGACGCGCUACGCGACGGACAGAACGUCCGCGCAGAGGUGGCAUCAAAGGACGCAACCAUUGAGUCUUUGUCUCGACAAAUCGGGUACCUGAAAGGCAUAGAGAAGACCCUGACACACAUAUCUGGUGCCAUGACCCAGGUCCCCAUGGAUGCCACUGUUCGUGUCCCAACCGCGAGUAGCACCUUCAACCCGGGACCUCAACCCUGCGAAUUAGAUUUCAUAAACAAUAACAUUAGUGGGAUCAGCGGGAGAGACUAG